AUGCGGGCCAUGCCCUCGAAUUUUGUCUCCCUGUUCGGCGUGUGCAACCGCCCUCUUCGCAUGGCCAGGCAAGAGGAAAUUCUUCUAGUGGUGGCGGUGGUGGAAGAGGCGCUGGGAAUCGUUUCUUACCUUGAGGGCGCGCGCCACGUGCCCCUUCCAUUACGGAGAAGUGAUGCAGUAUGCUGGAGACUCUUCCUUCGCUUGAGGGCGCAGUUCCUACAGCAUCGAUGCAGUAGUCUCGGUGCAACCGUUUUUUUUAUCGUGGUAAGCAGCAGGGCCAAGCUAGCCCUUAGUAGUCCCUUCGCGAGUCACAGCGCCCGAGUAGUCCUCUCAUGCUGCCGAGGGCUUGCCGUCGAAGGAUUUCUCACGCUGCGUGCCCCUGGAGGCUGA